UUUUCGUGUGCAUUGGUCAAUAAAUCUGCCAAAAUCUCCGAAAAAACAUGAGAAAUUGUUUAAAAUCCUGAUAAAUAUAGAUCCCCUCUUUAGGCUCUUUCCACAGUUGUCCAAAUGACCGUUGAGAAAGAAACAAUUUGAAAACCCCAAUGCAAUAGGUUGCAGUUCAUAUGCAAAUCAUUUCAUUCAGUUUUUUCAGAGAGAGAGAGAGAGAGUGCGGGGAUUGUGUUUGAAUACAGAGGGAGAGGUUAAGGAGGCCACAAAAUGAGCUUCACAGGCUCUCCUGCAAGAAAAAAGGGUGUUCAAUCUCCAUUGAAGGGUGUUCAAUCUCCAUUAGGCCUGGCGAAUAGGAGCGUUCGGUCACCCGCUACUCCUCAAUCGCUGAGGAAUAAACAGCACCAAGAAGAUGAUAUGAGGAGGUUUUCUCUUGCUGGUUCUGCAGAAAAUUGUAACCCUAAUGCUGCUACUGUGAAAUCCCCAAAUGGGUGUCGAAAAUCUCCUCAUGGGUCUCAAAAGUUGCCUAAUGGGUGUGAGAAAAACUUCAAAGUCUCAGAUGGGUGUCAAAAGUCCUUUAAUGGGCAGGAGAAAUUGUCUGAUGGGUUUCAAAAAUCAGCCGAUGGCUCUCUGAAACAAUCUAAGGUGUCUGAAUCUGGAAUGCAUACCUGCAGGUCAAGAAGAUGUGGGGUAAAUUACCAAGAUUGGGCUUCUGGCAAUUUGAGGCCUCAGCCAAGGAAGUUCCUUGUGGCAAAGAGGAUUGAAAAGCCUAAUCAGCAGGAGGGCACGGUGUGCAAGUGCUGCGAGAAAAAGUCAAAAUCUGGGUCUGCUGAUAUAUCUGCAGAUGCAGGCAGGAAGUGUGUAUGCAUUGCUUCUCAAAAGUUGAGGGCUUCACAAGAGGAGUUUAUGAAGGAUAAUUUUUCGAAGACGAAAAAGCCUUCAGCAGAAGUUGGAGAAACCAGCACUGAAAUUCAGAUUGGAGUUCAAGAGACAAUGCCCCAGGAACAUGCAUGUGGUGUGUCUUCUAUUGAAGAUAGCAAAGAUGGGUUCUCUGACAUGUGUGGGAAUAGUGGAAAAGUGGGGGUUGCUGAGCUUGCAACUAGCACCAUGAAUGAGAAGAUUUUGGGUUCAGAACUUUCUGAAUUGUAUAAUGGAAACGCAUUUUCCAAUGAUAAUGUCCAAACCGAUACAACAUUAGCUCUUCGUGGGAUGUCCAAUGGCGAGGAAAACAGAUUGUUCAAUAGGAACCCAGAGAUAAUUGGGAUUUCGGAGCAUGAAACUCGAAAUAUUGACGAGGCAAUGCAUGGUUUGGAGUGUUCUGAAUUGGGCAAGAGCAACAUUUCAGAGGAUCAUAUUGACAGUGCAAUUACGUCAGCAUCUCCGCGGAGGGACUCAAAUGGGAAUGCCGAGAAAAUUGGAACUUCCGAGCGGGGAAAUGGAAAUAUGGAUGAGAAGAUGAUGGAGGGUGCUGAGGGAUCUAUUAGUGCCACUUUAUUAUCACCUCCAUGGAGAGGAGUUUCCCCAACCCCUAGAAGACCUAAGAAUGAGCUGCUUGCAGAAGCAAUCGGUACCAUUCCACAGCAUGGUGGGGGAAGAGUAAAGCAUUUAGUCAAGGCAUUUGAAAGUUUGCUGUCACUUCCAGACUAUGAAACUACAGAGGGUCCUCAGACUAGGCCAUUGGAUAAGUCUAUCUACAGUGUAUCUGAUAUGGAUAAAGGGAAGUGUAAGCCCAGUGUUGGCAAGAGUUUGAAGUGGGCGCUUCCUGGCAUGCAGCCAAAGGGCUCUGAGAAGACGACAAGUGGUAAUAGCAGCCCAUCUCAUGAAAGCUAUGGUUAUCAGGCUAGUCCACUGGAUAGGUCUACCUAUGAUGAUUCUUAUGUUGAUCACGGAAGGCAGAGCAAAUUUGGAAUGGACAAGGGUCUGAACUGGGCACUCCCUGGCAUGCAGGCCAAGGGCUCUGAAGAGAGGUCAAAUGGCAGCAAUAGCCAAUCUCAUGAAUACUAUGAUGGCUGGAACAGGGCAAAUAUGGGUACAUUUUCUGAGACAAGCUUUGCUGAUUUGAAGAGCUCAAAUGGUCAAGCUGAAAGUGUUUUCUUAAAAAGGCCAUAUAGUAGUAGCCAAUCUAAUGAAAGCAGUGAUGAAUUUAAAUUCUUCCCUGUUUGUGAAGAAACAGCCUCAGUUAGCAAUAUUAUUACUCGGAGUGUUAGUUCAAUCGGAAGAAGUCAAAGCGGCUCUGGGAGCAGAAGAAGAGGUCGCAAAGAGAGCUUGGAUUCGACAGCAUGGGGAUCUCUGGGUAGAAGUGGAAUUCAUCAAUGGAAGAAGCAACUCAAGGUCACUUGUGCACAACCUUUCAAGCUUCGUACAGAGCAAAGAGGCCACAUGAAAGAGAAGGAAUUCAAGAAGAAGGUCCAGGUGAUGUUGUCUGAGGAAGAAAAAAAUCGAAUUCCAAUGGCACAGGGUUUGCCAUGGACAACAGAUGAGCCAGAGAAUUUGGUGAAGCCCCCUGUGAAAGAAUGCACGAAACCAUUAGUUGUGAAGCUUAACACUGAAAUAAGAGCAGUUGACCGUGCUGAAUUUGAUCAGAUAAUAGCGGAAAAGCUAAAUGCCUUGGAGCAGCAAAGACUAGAAGAGGAAAGGCUGCAGAAGUUGGCUGAAGAAGAAGAGAUCAAGAGGCUAAGAAAGGAGAUGAUUCCACGAGCUCAACCUAUGCCAUUUUUUGAUCGCCCUUUUAUCCCCCGAAGAUCUUCUAAGAGUCCAACCAUACCAAAGGAGCCCAAAUUCCAUGUUCCUCACCACAAAAGGGCCAAAUGCAUAUCAUGGAACGACUUCAAUGUUUGCCAGCAGUAGAUUCCAAAAUGAUGGAAUUAUAUAUCCCUGUACUAGUAGAUCAUUCUUUUUUUGGAAUUAUAUGUUCCUCAAUACAAUAUUGUUAAUAGCGAAGUACAAUAAUUUUGCUUCCUCUCUAUAAGAUUCAAGUUUGGAGUAUGUAUCAAAGAUUGAGAGUUUUUGAUCUUUGAUUAUUUUCUUCUGUUCCAUAGACCAUGCCAGCUUUCAAUGAAGACAUCACCUGUGAAUACAGAGCAUUGUAUAGAGCAUGGCACGAUGUCUGAUCUGUUCAAUGCAGACUAUGUUUAUGAAAACAGUUUCACAAUAUUGUAUUCUUAAUUUAUUGAUGAAUCAAUAGAGCAUGGCAUGAUGUUUGGUCUGUUCAAUGCAGACUAUGUUUAUGAAAACCGUUUUCACAAUAUUGCAUGAAUCAAUAGAGCAAUGCAAACAGCAUCUUUUUUAA